AUAUAUAUUUUGUUUAAAAAAAUAACGACGUAUACGUACCAAUGAACUUUAACUGCAACGAGUGCCAAAAACCACUUAAAAAAACCCCCAAAAACAGACAUAGUACAACAAAUGGACAUACUGUGUGGCAAGUGAUGUCAUAGCUAUGGUAGGAAAGAAGAAAAACAAAUCAAGCAGGCAAAGCACAUGGUAUAUCCUAGCCAUGAUGCCAAAAUAAAAACUUGUUAUGAAUUGUAUAUUCAGUAUAAAAUAAAACUUGCAGGAUACUAGAUGCAACCAGCAGAGCUCCAGUGAAAGUAAAUGAAAAACAUUCAGUUGUAGAACUAAAUUCUAUACUAAACAAAAAUUUGUGUAUGAAAACAGAAAGUUUGCAAAAAAAAAAAAAAAAAAAAAUAAACUCAACUAUAAUAUAGAAUAACUAAUAAUUAAAGAAUAUAAAGUUUAUUUUGCAAAAUGCCUUCAACUUGUAAAUUUAUAUUAAAUAAACCAAAUGCUGUAUAUUAUAGUGGUGAAUCUAUAAGUGGUCAAGCCAUUGUUAAUAUAACUUUUGUACAAGAUGUAAGAAAUGUGCGUAUUUUUGUAUUGGGUGAGGCCAAAAUUAAAUGGUGCGAGCAUGCUGGUCGUCAUACUACAUAUUAUAAAUCGCAUGAAACUUAUAUUGACAAUGGUACUAAUUUGCGUAUUGAGAAUGUUCUACAGCCGGGCACAUACACCUAUACAUUCGAUAUUGCCUUGCCACCGCUGUGUCCCACUUCCUGUGAAUGCAAAUAUGGUUAUAUACGCUAUGUAUUGUCGUUGAAAUUGAAAGGUCCCUUUGGUCUAGAUAAUUUUGUAUUUAAAAAACCAUUAACGGUUUUGCAAAAAGUUGAUUUAAAUUUACAUCGUGAUUAUAAGCUAAACAUUUCCGUCGAUGACUCCUAUACACCCUAUACGAGUGGUAAAAUAUUCUACAACGUACAAAUUCCCUUCAGUGCAUACGCACCUGGCCAAACUGUCAAAUACACAUUCCACAUAAAUAAUCAAUCGAAAACUGAUGUAGAUGGUUAUACUUUAGAAUUUUCACAAAAAUUCCUAUGCAUUGCGAAAUCAACGGAUUUGCUGUUGCCUAAGAAAAAAGAAUUCACCGAUGAAAAUAUUAUUUUACGCAUAACAUUUAUUGAACCAUGUAAACGUUUGUCGAGUCGUCUAUGGAAGGGACAAUUUAUUAUACCUUCAGUGCCACCAAGUGAAGUUAAUUGUAAUUUCAUACGUGUUGAAUAUUUAAUGAAGAUUAUAGCUCAUGUUAGUGGUCACAAAGAUUUUCCUAUAAGUAUACCUAUAGUUAUAGGUACUAUACCUUUGCAAGAGAGUUUGAUUCGUCAAAGACCAGC